AGUAUAUGGCCAAGGAGAAUAAUUUGUGUGGAAUGUAUUCAGGGCGGAAGGAAAAUCCCUAAGAAUAGCACGUUUAAUUUUGAACAACAAAUAAAAAUUAAGUAAAACACAUUAUCUGACAAGGUCACCUGAUAACAAACUAUCAAACACAUGCAGGCAGGUGUACGAUCAAUAAAUAAAACCAGCUACUGGUUACUUGCGCGCUGAAGUCGUUAUCCGACCUGGAGACUUACGGACCUGAUUUGACGGCGAUUCAUACAUCGCUUGAAAGAUGAACGCCACAAUCCGCACUUUGAAGUCAAGCGCAUCCUCCAACGACUCCUUUGUUCGUCCUACUCGACCAUACCACGACAAGGUUGACUAUAACGUUGGCGAUGUUUACAAAUUUGUCUUCGGUGGCAUAGCAAUUGUUUCUAUCCUUGGCAACUUUCUCCUUUGCGUGGCAAUCUGCAGACGUCGGUCAAUGCUCUCGAAGACGUAUAACAUGCUUGUUUUAAGUCUCGCCGUUACGGACAUGCUAACAGGAAUAUUCCUUGUUGUCACACCAGAUUACGUAAUCGACAGAAAAACCUUCCCUUACCCCCACGGGCUGGCAGGAGAGAUUUACUGUCGUUUAAUUGGCUCAACCUACAUCCUUUUCAUUUUUGGCAAAGCUUCAACUUCCACGAUCAUGUGCCUGGCUAUAGAUCGUUGGUACUCGAUUGUAAAGCCGAUACGCUACAAAACAGCCUUCAGCAAACGACGUUUGUAUCUUUACAUUACUUUGAUCUGGGCCUCUGCCGCCAUAACUCAGAUCAAUGAACUCUUUAUCACUGCAGUAGAAGAUGGCCUUUGCACAUUCGUCACGCCAUUUUAUGGAGAAAAGGCUGAACGGAUCCUUAUUCUAAUUCACGUGAUCGUCACGUUCUACAUACCAAGUAUCGUUACCUGGGUGACCUUUGGACAAAUCUGGACGCACAUGCGCCAGCCUAACAUUCGUCGUCAUCUGAACAACAACAAAGCCACCAAACGCCUAUUGCGCAUGUGCGCCUUGGCAGCCUUCUUCUUAACAUUAUCUUGGUUUCCAGCGGAAACUUUUUUCAUCCUGUAUAAGUUUGACAUUUUGAAGCUUCCUUUUGAAUUCUACUUAUUUACAAGUAUUUUGGCAAUGUCUAACUCCUGCUUCAAUCCGUGGAUUUAUUGCCUCAGUAACAGGGAAUACAGAAGAGAAUUUGUCCGACUUCUCUGCUGCGUGAAAUUUAACAUGACAAACUCCAGAAUCGGUAGUUUGUGCUUUGGUUUGGUGCCAAACAGGAAAUUAAGAUAUUCAUUUUCAGGUGAUCCUGACCAAAGACGCUCAACUGGCAAUCUGGUUGAUGGUCCAUAUGUUCUUAGAGUACGUCGGGCGCCAGAGGACUCAAGUUUAAGCUUGUCGGCCGAGACUUAUUUGAGCAACACCGCUUGCUCUGAAGCCAGUCAAACAGAAGAGGUGCUAAGUGAUCGAGUGGUCUCAAGGCGGGCUGAAGCGAGCAUAUAACAAUGUUCAUUCGUGUUCUUUCAUGGAGAGAUUCCUCUCGGCAGCUAUUAUUCUGAAAGUAGCACUCAGAUAGCCCCAUAAUGGCAAGAGAAUUAACCACAGAUCGAAGAAAUCAUAGACUGACAAUACCAGAGAAAUUUAAACGUGGCUGCAACAGUUUCCAGCACUUUCCAAGACUUGGAUUUCGAUUAAUGAUUAUAGCCACCCUUUAUCACGUUGCAAUCAUCGCAUUAUCAAAUUUUUAUAAGCAGGAUAAGAGGCAACUUCUUUCAAAAUUCUGUGCAUGGUGUU